AUGAGUUUCCUGAGUCUAAAUGACAGUUGGGAGCUGCUGCGUCACAAAGUGUUCUCGGAAGAAAGUUGCCCCCCAGAGCUAGAAGUUAUUGGGAAAGAAAUUGCUCAGAAAUGCCAAGGAUUACCAUUGGGAAUUCUAGCCGUAGCAGGUCAUCUCUCCAGCAUCAGAAAAACAAAAGAUUGCUGGAAGACUGUUGCAGAUGACAUACGAUCACCAGAGUCUAAAGAUCAAGAGAAUUGCUUAGACAUUCUUGCCUUGAGUUAUAAGUCUUUGCCUCAUCACCUCAAAGCUUGCUUUCUAUAUUUGGGAGCUUUUCCCCAAGAGUUUGAGAUCCCUGUCUGGAGAUUGAUCAGGCUUUGGGCGGCUGAAGGAAUUCUCAGAGCAGAAUGGCCAGAGACCCUCGAAGAAGUGGCAGAGAUGUGCUUACAAGAGCUAAUGAGUAGAAGUCUAGUUAUGGUUAGGAAGAGAAAAUCCAAUGGUGGUAUUAAAAGUUGUGGCAUCCAUGAUCUCGUGAGGGACUUGAUCUUGAGAGAAGUUGAAAGAGAAGAUUUUCUUCUGGUGCUGAAGUCAGAUGCUAAUUUCUUUCCCACAGAUGCCUAUUAUAAGCGUUGCCUCUGCUUCCAUCAUCAAAUAAGCAGAUCCUAUGGUAUGUUUAAUUCCAGCAGCAGGAUAGAACAUUGUGACUACAUGAAGCCUGCAAUUCCUCAUUGUCGAUCUAUUCUCUUUUAUGGUCGACUUCAAGUGACAGAAUUCGAUAAGAUGCUAGAUUCUCGUGUUACUGUGAUGGAUUUGAAGUUGCUGAGGGUACUAGAGAUUCUUUUUAGGUUCUUCGAGCAUUUCCCUGUUGAGAUAACGCAGCUAGUUCAUCUGAGGUAUCUUGCACUUUCCGCUCGUACUUAUUUUGGUACAUGCUUGUCCCAGCUGGGGAAUCUACAAACACUAAUUAAUGAGCAUGACAGGAAUGUAACUUUACCUAGUGACAUAUGGAAGAUGCCUCGGUUAAGAUAUCUUCAUAUAAAGAAUGGUGCUUGUUUGCCCUAUCCUGCAGGAGCCAAAGCUAUUGCAAGCAACUCUCUUGUCCUAACCUACCUACAUAAGCUUUCAACUGUAAGCUUUACCAAUUGUUAUAGGGAAACGUUUGCCUGUCUUCCCAAUUUAAAGAAACUCGGUAUCUGUGUGAAGCAACCAUCACAUAAUUGCCUUGAUGAUCUUCUUUACCUUGCUGAACUUGAAAAACUUAAAUGUGUCUUUCUGGGAAGAGGUCAAUUCUCCGGUUGGAAUGCUUUCCCACCAAAACUUAGGAAACUGACCUUAAACGGGAGCUUUCUGCCAUGGGAGAAGAUGAGAACUCUUGGUUUGUUACCCAAUCUUGAAGUACUCAAACUGAAAGACUAUGCUUUCCAAGGGCCAGAAUGGCAAGUGGAAGAAGAUGAGUUUUGUCAACUAAAAUAUCUGCUAAUUGAUGGGACAGAUCUAGUUCAGUGGGGAGUAACUUGUUCUCAUUUCCAAAGGCUACAGCAGCUGAUUCUGAGAUGUUGCAGACACUUGGAUGAAAUACCAAGUGAAGUUGGAGAAAUUCCUACCCUGCAAAUAAUUGAUGUGGAUGAUUCCAGCAGUCUUGCCGUGAAUUCAGCAAGGCUUAUUCAGCAAGAACAAUACAGCAUGGGAAACGAUGGCCUAAUAGUCAGGAUACAUCCUAGAGAAUAG